AUGUCAAAACCUAAUAAACACUCCUCUCACCAACAACCACCACCAGAGAGAGAAAAACAGAGCAAAUUGGUUAGAGCAGAGAGCUGACAAAGUUUUCUUUUUUCAAUGGUUUGGAGGUUUGUUAAUGGCGUUAUAGACUCGUGGGACUGAAAAGGAGAAGUAUUCACCCGUUGCUUAUCUUCUUGAUUUCUCACUAUUUCACUUCCCCUCACACAGAGCUUCUUAUGGUUAGAUGGAAAUUUUUAGCUGAUGGAGGAAAAUCUGGCUUGAGCAAUUAACGAGCUUACAUCAUGAUGGUCUCACUCCCACACUGGUGGGAUUAUGUGUGAAUGAUUGUCAACAGACCCAUCUUUUCUCUCACUUCAUUUGAUUUUCUUGAACUAUCUCCUGUUUCCUAUAUACAUAGUUUGGAUUUUAGCUCCUUUAGGGCAAAUCUCCUUUGGCAAAUAGUACAACUAGUGAAGUUUCUCCCCUUAGGUGGCUUUCAUACAAGUCAUUUUCUCCGUGGACACUUCACUUUUGGGGCAUAUCUCCUUUGGCAUAUCUCCUUUGGCAUUUUGGAACUCCAGUUACCUGUUGAGUUCCCCUUUGAAGUUCAAUCCAACUGGAUAUACUUCAUUCCAUUUGUUUCGGCAAAUCUCCUUUGGCAUUUCAGAGUCCUCAGUUUGGCUCCACCUUUAUCCCUAGUCGAGCAAAUCUCCUUUGGCAUUAUCCGAGUCCACAGCUGGCUCACGUUAUCAGUAUCAGAGCAAAUCUCCUUUGGCAUUUUCCGAGUCUUACACUUGACUCCUUUACUAUCUUUAGACUUUAGUCACGGUUCCCAGUUUCAAGAUUUUGAAGUAGUCCUUUGCGUAUCCGUCAUAGACGCAUCUAUCAAAGUUACUUCAGGGAAGAAAGAGACACCAUUAUAUUAAGGCAUCUAAAACUAUGGAUAUGAACCUUACUGACUCCGACUGGGAGAGCUCUAGCGACAGUGGUAGCAGUGAACACGAAGAAGUGGAGUUUUCUUAUGGAGGACGGGCUCAAGACAUCUUCUCAAACCUUGAAGAAACCAUUGGCAAAAUCGAUGAUUUCUUGUCUUUCGAGAGGGGAUUCAUGUACGGUGACAUUGUGCGUUCCACAACUGAGCCCUCAGGACAAAGUGGCAGGGUUAUCAACGUGAACAUGUUUGUCAAUCUCGAGAGUAUUCAUGGAAAGAUCGUUAAGGAAGUUGAUACCAAGAAGCUUCAAAGGUUACGUUCUAUCUCACUCUGUGAUUAUGUGAUUAACGGUCCUUGGCUAGGAAGGGUUGACAAGAUAGUUGAGCGUGUCUCUGUCACCCUUGACGAUGGUUCCAACUAUGAGGUCCUUGUAAGGAAUCAAGAUCAGCUUGUGGCCAUUCCUCCAAAUAUGCUAGAGGAUUCUCAAUAUUCUUAUUAUCCAGGGCAGAGAGUUCAGGUAAAGCUGGCUCAUGGUGCCAGAUCAACCUCAUGGCUAUGUGGGAACUGGAGGGAGAACCAAGCUGUGGGGACUGUAAGCUCUGUAGAAGCAGGACUUGUCUACGUUGAGUGGGUUGCCUCCAUCAUCAUGGGUGGUGGUGAUAGGAAUUUAACUGCACCUCAAGCUUUGCAGAGUCCUGAGAGUUUAACUUUGUUACCAUCUGUUUCUCAUGCAAGUUGGCAGCUUGGUGACUGGUGCAUCCUCCCUGGCUCGUCCCACUCUGAUAUAGAAGAACUACAAAAAGGUUUUAGCAGAAACAUGCAGAGAUCAAGCUCUGAUGAGCUUUUUGUUAUCACCAAGACAAAGAUGAAGGUUGAUGUUUUGUGGCAAGAUGGUGGAUGCAGCAUGGGAGUUGAUUCGCAGCAGCUGGUUCCCGUUGGAGCUGUUAAUGCUCAUGAUUUUUGGCCUGAGCAGUUUGUUGUGGAAAAGGAAACGUGCAACAGCAAAAGAUGGGGAGUUGUGAAGGUUGUCAAUGCAAAGGAACAGACUGUGAAGGUACAAUGGGCUGAGAAAGAAGCAAGUGAGCAGAUGGAGGAAAUUGUCAGUGCAUAUGAGCUGCUCGAGCACCCUGAUUUUGGAUUCUGUUUCAGCGAUGUGGUGUUCAAGUUAAGUCCAGAAGCAAAAAUUGAUCCAAAUGCAGGCACAAUCGUUGCUACAGAGACGAAACACCAACUUACAGAGAGUGACUACAGUGGCGCAUAUUGUUUGUCAAGCAUUGGUGUUGUUUCAGGUUUCAGUAAUGGUGUUGUGGAGGUGAAAUGGGCCAAUGGUUCUACUAGUGAGGUUGCACCAUAUGAAAUUUGGAGGAUGGAAAGAUCUGAAUUUUCCAACUCUAGCACUAUAAGUUCUGCAAGUAGUGUUCAAGAUCUAAGUCAGAAGAUAGGUCAAUCAGAUGAAUCAUCUUCAAACCAUCAAGAAACGGGUUUGGUGAGUCUCUACAGUGUUGGUGAAAGCUGCAACAAGAACGUUCCUGAAUCUAGUUCAUUUUUCCUUCCGAAAGCUGCCAUCGGAUUCAUCACAAACCUUGCUUCAAGCCUUUUCGGUUCUAAUGGUUCCACUUCUGCUUUAAGUUCGCAUUCACGUUGCAAUGACACUGAAGAUCUAACCGACUCCGAGGUCCUUGUUCAAGAAGCAACAGAAACACAUGACAUCUCUGAAUCUAAAUCAGAUGAAGUGGAUAUGGACAUGAUGGUCAACUUGCCUAUAGUAGGAAAACGAGUUACCAAGACACUAGAUUCAACUCUUCUGGACAACAGCACGAAUCUAGUGAGCUUUAAACAAUUUGAUAUGGUUACUGACUGCUCAGACCAUCAUUUCUUUUCUUCGGCGAAAGAGUUGGCGCAACCCCCGGUAACAAAGAGUUGGGUGAAGAAAGUCCAGCAAGAAUGGAGCAAUUUGGAAGCAGAUCUUCCCAACACAAUAUACGUGCGUGUGUAUGAAGAAAGAAUGGACCUUAUCCGUGCAGCCCUAGUUGGUGCCCCUGGAACACCAUACCAUGAUGGGCUUUUCUUUUUCGACAUAAUGCUUCCACCACAGUAUCCUCAUGAGCCUCCAAUGGUACAUUAUCAUUCAGGUGGGAUGCGACUGAAUCCUAACCUGUACGAGUCAGGAAGAGUCUGCUUGAGUCUACUGAAUACAUGGAAUGGCUCUGGCACUGAAAUGUGGAACCCAGUGAGCUCCUCCAUCCUUCAAGUCCUUCUCUCGUUUCAGGCACUUGUUCUGAAUGAGAAGCCUUACUUCAACGAAGCUGGCUAUGAUAAGCAGUUGGGCCGAGCUGAGGGAGAGAAGAACUCAGUGAGUUACAAUGAGAAUGCUUUCCUCAUCACCUGCAAAUCCAUGAUCUCGUUACUCCGCAAGCCUCCAAAGCAUUUUGAUGUACUUGUGAAGGACCACUUCACGCAUCGUGCUCAGCAUGUUCUUGCUGCGUGCAAGGCUUACAUGGAAGGCGUCCCUGUAGGAUCAUCAGAGAAACUGCAGGAGAGCUCAACCACAAACUCCACCGGUUUCAAGAUCAUGCUCACUAAACUCUACCCAAAACUUGUCGAAGCAUUCUCAGAGAUUGGAGUUGAUUGCAGCCAAGGGGUUGCACUGGAACCAUGAAGGUUGACACUGUUAGUAACAUCUCCCUAAUAUCCAAUUAGUACUGUAUAAUAUUGGUUUCCGAGGUUGGUUGGUAAGUCCCUUCCCAUGUAGAAUAUGUUUUUGUACUAAAAAUGUGUGAGAAUAAAGAAGGCUGAACAUAGGCUCAUCUUGUAUAAUAUCAAAAUGAUUGUAGUUUUGCAAGAACAAUGUACCAUAUUUUGGAAUAAAAAUGUAACACUUGUGUUUGUAUAUUUGCCUUUACCUUUACCAAUAGUCUAGACAUGAACAAGAACCAUUUUGGAAAUGGUGGAACCUAAGCUUAUCUCGCACUAUGAUCUGCCUAUUGGAUACAAUAGAAAUGUACUUGAAAGCAGAGUGACAAUCCUCACAGAUGCGCAGAUUCUUCACAACUGUAAUGGCUUCAUCUACGGUCUUCAACAAUCCAAAUGCUACAGCAAGCUUCUCACUGUGGUAUAGAAGUGCGUACUCUUUUUCCUCUUCCUCUACUUGAUGCAUCACUUCUUCAGAAACAGGUGCAUACCCAAUUUCCUUGCACCGGCUCAUCAGAUUUUCCAGAUACCUAUAAAUUUCUCCAGUCUCUGGAUGAGACUCAUCACCCAUACUGAACAUAUACGUCUUCUUUCCGACUUCAAUAACACUAUACCCAACCUGUUUUCUAAGGUUGUUCUUUAUCAUUCCAUCUCUGACGUGAGAUACUUCAUCUGUUUUCCCACUCAAGGCGUAGAUAUUUGACAGCAUGACAUGAUGACCUGGAUUUUCUGGCUCAAGGGCUAUGAGCCUCUUGGCGAUUUCUACCCCAAGAUCAUAGUUCCUGUGCAUCUUGCAAGCUCCAAGCAUCGCUGUCCACAACGCUGGAGCCUUUGCUUUCCCAUUAGCAUCAAGUUGCUGUAUGAACCUAUAAGCUUCCUCAAGAAAUCCAGCACGCCCAAGCAUAUCAACCAUACAAACAUGAUGUUCAACUCUUGGAACCAAUCCAUAUCUCUUGCUCAUUCUCUUGUAAACCGAACGUCCUUCCUCAACAAGUCCAGCAUGUGCACAAGCAGAUAAAACCGCUACAAACGUUACAUCAUUAGGUAUUACACCCUUAUCAUCCACCAUUUUAUUAAAAAGAUCUACUGCUUGUUUUCCACAUCCAUGAGUACCAUAAGCAGAGAUCAUCGCCGUCCACGCCGCCACAUUAGUCUCCUUCAUCUUAUCAAACACUCCCCUCGCCUUCCCAACAUCACC